AUGGCUGGCGAAAAAUACAAUUCUUCGUCAGCGAAAGCUGGCGCUUUUAACCAGUACUUUGCUUCCGUAUUUCUUCCUAAACCCCCCACUCCUCUGUGUACUACCUCCGUAUCAGUACAGGACCAACUUGAUACGAUUACUGUGACAGUCGAAGAAGUUAAUGCGUUGCUAUCCAACCUAUCAACAGCAAAGGCUACAGGUACAGAUGGGAUUUCAGCCAGACAUUUGAAAGAGUGUUCAGGUGUGCUUGCUCCCUCUCUAACAGCAUUAUUCAACAUGUCAUUAUCUCUCGGUAAAGUACCAACAGAGUGGAAACAAGCAAAUGUUGUUCCUGUCCCUAAAAGUGGCGACCCCUAUGUAAUUAGUAAUUAUCGACCAAUCUCCUUAUUAUCACUGAUUUCCAAAGUCCUUUAA